AUGGGGCUACAACACGACAGUCCGAACGACAGCCCGAACUCCAGCGAACUCAGCUCCGGAGAGUCCAUCUACGCGGGCAAGGAGUUUCCCCAUCCGGAGAUCGAACAUCUAUACCUCGAGUUAGAAACGCCGCUCCCGACACCACUGAUCACGGCGCCCCCGACAACCGGCCAGUCGCCUGCCCCCGAAUGCCCAGAUCUCAAGCAGUUCACCUCGCCCUUCCUGUGGCCCAAAUGGCGCAAAUCCAUGAUGACGUGGAUUGCAUGCGGUGUCACGGCCUUGGCGGGGUAUUCCGCCGGUGAAAUCAGCCCUGCGUCGACGGAAUUGACGGAGAAAUGGGGCAUCAGCAGCGUGGUAUACAACCUGGGAAUCACCAUCUUCUGCGUCGGAUUCGCCCUGGCACCCAUGGUCCUGGCGCCUUUCUCGGAGAUCAACGGACGGCGACCGAUUUUCGUCGGCAGCGGAAUUAUCUUCGUCGCAUGCAUCAUCGCCUGUGGAGGCACGCAUUCUUUCGGCGGAUUUCUUGUUGCGCGCAUUUUCCAAGGCGUGGGCGCUUCGACGUUCUCGACCAUGGUUGGCGGCGUCAUUAGUGACAUCUACCAUGCCGAGGAUAGAAAUACCCCCAUGGCCUUGUUCUCCGGCGCUGCCCUGUUCGGAACCGGUCUGGCGCCGCUGCUGUCGAGUAUCAUUGUCUACCAUACGACGUGGCGGUGGAUCUAUUACUCCCAUGCCAUCGUGGCCGCCGUCUUCACGGUCAUGAUCUAUUUCUUUUUCAAGGAGACGAGAGGUAGUGUCAUUCUGAGUCGCAAGGCUGCUGCCCUCAACAAGUACUACGAUGCGCUGGAGAAGGCCGGCCAUGUGGGCGUCAUCAUGUGCGACAAUGAGCCUGCAGAGAAAGGUCAAGUCAAGCGUAUUCGGUGGAGGGUGAAGAGCGACGAGCAGCGCGCGUCGCUGACCCAGAUGAUCAGCGUGUCUUGCUACCGACCUUUUCAUAUGCUUCUUACCGAGCCCGUGGUCUUCUUCUUCUCCCUCUGGGCCGCCUUCAGCUGGGCUGUUCUGUAUCUUCAAUUCGGCUCAGUCCCACUCGUCUUCAAGAAGAAUCAUGGCUUCAAUACCGAGCAGUCCGGUGCUGUUUUCACUUCAAUGUGUGUCGGCGUCCUUAUAGCCACCGUCAUCAGCAUUUACCAGGAGAAAAUCGUUUCGCGAUUCAUCACUCUCCCCAAGUCCCCGGAACGUCGACUUUACUUCGCCUGCAUCCAGUCCGCGCUCAUGCCGAUCGGUCUGUUCUGGUUUGGAUGGACCUCGUACUCAUCCAUUCCGUGGAUUGUGCCGACGCUGGCCAUCGGAUGCUCCACUAUGGGCAUUCUGUCCAUCUACCUGGCCGUGUUCAAUUAUCUGGCGGACACGUAUCAUCGGUUCGCUAGUUCUGCUAUCGCGGCGCAAUCUUGCUGUCGUAAUCUGCUGGGUGGUGUCUUCCCGCUUGUGACGGCCGCUAUGUUCAACAAUCUGGGAUACCCCGGUGCUUCAAGUCUGCUUGGUGGAAUUGGCGCUUUGCUUACCCUUGUGCCGUGGGUGUUGGCGCUGUAUGGGCCGAAGAUUCGAGCGAAGAGCAAGCUUGCGAGUGAACUCGCGCAUUAA